AAUAAAAAUAAAUAAAUAAAAAAAGAAUACCCACUUUUUUCUCACACUCGAACGCUUCUUCUUCGCACAUGAGGUCGGAGAAAAAAGUCGAAAAAUGGACCGGACGAAAAUCUAUGCCGGAGCCCCCGCUAUCAAGCUCUACACGGGCGCUAAUGUCUACAGGAGCCCCCGGGGACCUGCGGCUGCUGCUUGCGGAACUGCUUCUGGGAGUAUUGGUCUGGUCAAGAGUGACCGUAAGAUGGACGGAGUAUCAGCAGAACAACACAUGAAUGGUUCGUCGGGAGCUUCACAGGGUGGCUCUUCGGGACGCUCAUCACCCUCAGAUCCUGCCCCAAACAAGAUGUUUGUAGGUGGUCUCUCCUGGCAAACGACACCUGAAAAGUUGAGGGAAUACUUUGGUGCCUAUGGAACUGUACGAGACGUUCUCAUUAUGAAAGAUCCAGUCACACAGAGGAGUCGAGGAUUUGGAUUCAUCACAUUUGGAGAUGCCAGCAGUGUGGAGAAGGUGAUUGCUGUGCCUAACCAUGUCCUCGAUGGCAAGAAGAUUGACCCCAAGCAUGCCACGCCCAAGAACAAGGGCCGGACAAACCGCACCAAGAAGAUCUUUGUGGGCGGUGUGAGUCAGGAGACGAGUGCUGAUGAAGUCAAGGCUUAUUUCUCAACCUUUGGGAAGGUUGAGGAGGCAGUCAUGCUUAUGGACAACCAGACUAAACGGCACCGUGGAUUUGGCUUUGUCACUUUUGAGUGUGAAGAUGUUGUGGAACGUGUAUGUGACAUCCACUUCCAUACUAUCAAGAACAAGAAGGUUGAGUGCAAGAAGGCUCAGCCCAAGGAAGCUGUACAGGCAGCCUCACUUCUCUCCAAGAGGUUGUUGGUCACACAGACUGGUCUUGCCAAUCCUGUUGUGAGUGCUCAGUCAGCAGCCCAUAUUCAGGCUGCUGCUGCUGCUGCAGCAGCUGCACAAGCUGCAGCUCUUAGUGGCUAUGGAAAGCUUAUGGGUGGGGGUUCCUAUCCUCCUUUGUCAGCCUACCGCUACACACCCUAUCCUCUUCCUUCCGCAGCACUUCCCUCUGGAGCUCCUCCUACAGCCGCAGCAGCAGCAGCUGCAGCUGCCGCUGCCGGUCUUCCUGCUCAAGGAUUGACUACUGUCUCUGCUGCGGCUGCUCCCUCCAUUGCUGCCAAUCAGGCUGCAUUCUCCACCCCAGCCACACCCACCCUGCCCACUCUCUCAACACACGCUGGUCUUACCACCCCGUACCAGGGUUAUUCGCUUACCAAUGUUGAUAUGAGCUCCUUCCAAGGGGUGGACUGGAGUGCCAUGUAUGGUGUGGGUAUGUAUGCUUAGUCAUGUAAACAUCACUCCCUCACGUCCACCCACCUGAAUUAGUGUAACCCUUCCCACCCACCGUCCUCAGUUCAGCUUCCAUUUUACCCACAUGAUCAUACACUACGCCUCCCCCUUACUCUUUCCUCACCUUCAGAUUCAUUACUGUGCCCUCACAUUGAGUCCAGUCCGCCCAUUAUGCCGCUGUGAGCUCUCCCUUGCACCAGAUAUUCUCAGCCUCAGGGAAUUGUGCAUAAUUAUAAGUUGUCCUUCAUGCACCCUUUGAUCUCUUACUUCAAAAAUUUCUCAGAUGAGUUUCCAUAAGCUCCCUGCCCCAUGUCCAGUACAGCUUUGUUUUGUGCCGUAUCUUAUUAUAGUGGCCUUCCCAGCCUAUUGCGAUGACCGAGUGCCAUACCGGAACCUUGGUACAGGACUGGACUCACAGUGACCUGGUCUCUGGUACUUCCACCCCCACGUAGAUCUCUACAGUACUUAGUAUUAUGUCUCUCUAGGCAGUGUCAUCACUGCCCAACACUUAGUCCAUGUACUUAAGGCAUUUUUCUCAAACAUGAAGUUUUUGUUUAUUUAUUUUUGUUAGUAAUGUGCGCGUGUGUUUAUAAGGUUUUAAGUGUCAGUGCUAAGCAUAACUUGCCCAGGCCAAGCUUGAACACUAAAGGCACUUGGACCUGCUCAAUGUGAACAAAGGAAGAUGUAAAUAUUUGUGUAAGGAUAAGUGUUCCAGGCUGUAAAAGUGGACUUGGCACACACCACCAAUGGGACACUGCCCAAGUCUUGCCAUGUCAAGUGUUGUCCGAGCUUCUGACAGGGGGAGCCUCUAUGGCCUCACCCCUCCCUUGCAGUACAAGAACGGGCAAUAGAUUUUUUUCGUGCAGCCAAAUGCAUUUUUUUUUCCUGAAGGAUUUGCAUGACACGGGAUCAAGAUUUUAGAUUUCAGUUACUGUUAAGGUCACAAGAGUGUUUGUGAUGUGGGCCUAAGAGCCCCAUCAUUAUCUUGUUAAAAGAGUCAGUGGAGUUGGUCCCCUGCUGGCUACAUUCCACACUGGUCAGUGACAUUGGCCGCCACAAGUCAGUUUGGGCAGCUGGGACUAGCUUACUAUAGCAAGUGCGUAGUAAUAAGUGCGGAGCAAUACUCAGUGUGCGUUGCGUUUGCUUCUCAAGUCUUCUCUGUGAAACACAUAACACCUCAGUGGUACUUAGUGUGUUACACCUCAUGUAACGUGUACCUUGUUCCUCAACCUGAACCUACUUCCAAUCAUACUGAACACCCCUUCUUGUCCCUGUCCCCCUUCCUAUCCCCAACCCCCCCCACCACCACAGCCUACCAGCCAUGUGUACCAUGAUGGACCAUCUCUGCAGCAGUGAAUUGCACUCGAACAGUACACAGUGUGGUGCACAUGGCAACGCUUACCUUUACAGCCAUGAGAGCGUCGUGUGGUGCACAUGGGGACCUCGGAGGCCUGGUAUAGAGGUUGCCUCGGUGACGUAAGUAUCUGAGACGAGCUCUCGCCACCACGCCGCCUAUUGCCACCAAGCGGCAACCACGGUAACAACCAUCUCUGGCAUGCCACGUAUCCAUUAAUAUCCUUCUAGGCCUGUCUAGGAAGUCUGGUACCAACGUAGGCAGCAUAACAUUUUUAUACUUUUUUGCACCACAUUGGAAUGACCAGCAAAACCAUGUAGGCCUUUUAUAAAUUUACUUCUAUUGUACAACACUGAUCUCUGUUUUCAUGUUUCCGCAUAGGCCUAGAGUCAGCCAAUAGCUUAGAGUGUAAUGUAAAUAGCUUUAUGUGUGGUGGAUUACAUACAAGGAUUCCAUUUGAAUGGAUAUAAGGCCAUUGUUUGUUAGAUAUGGAAACUUGGUAGACUAAAUGUCUGGGAUACAGUGUUAUUUUUUCUGAGAUUGUGGCUGUUGUUAGAGCUAAUGAGCUCUGAAUGCCUAGACUGUCCUCUCCACCUGCCUCUGUAACCCCGUGUGUGUCGGCAAUGGAACGGGAGGGAUACCCACCCAAUCUGUUCAUAGGGAUUUUAGGGACCCAGCGUGUUCUAUUCUUCAGAAUUUUUGGGAAUUGAAUAUUUAUGAUUGAUGUACCAAAGAGUUCUUGUUACAUCAUGGGUAUUUUUAUUCAUACUCUGGUACCCAGUAAAUCAUUGUUAUGAGUGUAUAAUGAUAAAAAAAAAAGAAAAAAAGUUUAUUUUCAAAACAAAACUUUCAUUUUACCUCCUUUUUGUGUAGUCAAAGAGUUCAUGACUGUUUUUUUUACAGUUUUGCCAUGAAUGGAUGUUGGGGCUUUAAAACUUAAAUAGUUUUAAAAACUUCUAGAAAGUGAAUGGUCUGUUACAGUAAUAACAGAUCAGUAUGUAUAACCAUAGUAUUGCUGGCAGUCCCGGGUGGGGAUACCCUCCUGUUCUCCCCUGGAUUUGGAUGGGCAACUUGAACCGUAGAUGGAUAAUAUAACCAUGUCUAUCUGUCUACCCUGUCAAGCCACUAUCCAUCCUAGGGCAUCAAGACCCCCUCCCCCCUCCCAUGUAUCAUCUACACUGUAAUUUCACCAUUUUGUACUGUUUAUGAUGUUGACCCGAUGCUCUUGGAUCAGCGCCACCACUGGUAUGUCAAGUCAGAAGUAGAUUUGGGUCUCCUUUUUAUAUCCCAAUAUUUGAGAAUUAUUCAGCUCAUAGAUCGUAGCAGAGUCAGUCUUUUGUAUUGCCACAUAAAUUAUUGUGCCAGAGUUCGCUCGAGUCUUUUUCUGCUGUCCUCAGCACUGAAACUCUUUAAGGAGCUUUGGCACUCAACCCAUGUAUGUCUGUGAGCUGAAUUUUUUAUUAUUAUUUUUGCCUCCUCUCCUCUGGGGUUUGUUCACUAGCAUAGCAACUCAUCUUUAGCCUAAACCACCAGUAGUUUCGAUGAAUAAUGUUUCUUCAUUCUUCUGUUGAAUGUGCCACUCUUUGAAUCUUAUUCAUUUUACUAUGAAUCUAACUUCAACGUUGCUAGCCAAGCACUGUCUAUCCAAUAGAUUCAAGUCGCUCCAAUUUUUUUACCCGUAGCCCUGUCUUAUACCUGUUUGUGUACUUAAAUGGGGUGUGUAAAAAGACAGACAUUUCAAAUCUAGUCAUACCAGAUGUGAUGCUUAGCUAUCUUUGUUUUUUUUUUAUUUUUCAAGUAGAUUUUUGCAUUUAAAUGAUAGUUUGUCUUAGAUAUCUGUGGAUGUCCCGUAGAAUUUUGGCUAGCAGUGCAGCAUUUUCUACGUGUGAUUUGCAGUUAUGAGCUUUCUGCUAUAUUUCGCUUAGGCUCAUUUGCCUCUGCACUGUAGAGAGUGGAAUGAGCCUUACGUAAGAUAUGCUUAGUGCUCUUAACUGUUUCCAGGCACGUACACUCCCCUGCGGACCAGAAGAUUUCACACACAGAGAAAAGAUUAUUUGAAUCCGCAGUUGUAUAGUUUGUAUAGCCUCCAGCAUAUCUGAGGCGUUUCAUGAGAGAUUCUCAAGUGAUGAUUAAUCUAGUUCACCUGUGAUAUCAGCAGCCAUGUCUUCCCAUGUAGUAGGUCAUGCGUUUGGCUUUUCUUGUAGUUCGCAAGUGAGGUUGACAGGAGUGCACUGGCUACUGGGGAAAUCUGGCUGCCAUGUCUCAGUUUUUUUAAGGAUAGUGACAUGGGUGGUAGAUAGUGCGAUGGUUACCAGUAUCUUUAUUUCCUUUUUUUUUCUUAUUUUUUAUCCUUUUUUUUCCUUUUUUUUCUUUUUUUUUUUUUGCUCCCAAGAGGUGCUAGUAGUGCUACACAGGGCCGAGUUUGAGGAGCCCAUUUGCGGACCAAAUAAAUCAGAAGAAGCAAUAAGUGUUAUUAUUUUUUCACAAAGGGAAUGAAUAAACUUAUGAUGAAAGGGAAAUUAGUAUUUUUGCACUCGUUAAUCAAACCCUUUUGCUCAAUCACCCCUGUGCUCGGUGUGGGAGGCCCCCUGAAGAGCCCGGCAGAGAUGAGUUGGUUUUGCUCCCCUGUCCUAGGGAGCCCCAGAGGAGACCAGUAAAACUCUUUACGACUAAGUGUAAACAGGAUUAACCGAUUUGCACGACUAGGCGAACCAUCACACAUUGCUUGACCCGGUUUUUCUAGGAAGAAUCACUAUAUCUCUCUCCCCCUCCCUUUGACCCCCCAACACUAAAAGACGAAUCAUAAAAGCUUCCAGACAAGGUUGGGAAAACAAAGAAUAACAAAACAAAGUGUAAAGAGUUAACCAAAGAUAUGCACAGCCAGUGAGGGAGCGUCUGAACCCAACAGCAAAAGGGUAUAUGUGGUGGUGUGGUGGUGGUUGUGGUUUCCCUAAGUUGCUACAGCGCGAUGGUGAUGUUCGAAAAGAAAAGAAGAAGAAGAAAAAAAAAGACGGACAGACUGAAACUCAUUUAACCUCAAGUAAGGUGAACCACGGCUUAUGUAAAGGUAAUAUUUUUAUGUUCUGUGUUGUCUAGUUGUGGAGAGAGCAUUUAUAAGUUUCCGAAGUAAUUUUUUGCCUUAAGUGGGCUGGAUGUGUUAGAUGUUUUAAGCUCUCUCUUACUGUUGUGUAAAUUUGCAGCUACGAGUACUCCGUGUUAACUGGUGUAGAUGUUUACGCAAGUCCAGUUUUGCUACUUAUUUUAAAGGCAUUAUGAUCACAUUAGAUUGUAAGGGGUUUUGAUGAACGGAUAAAAAAAUAUUUAAUAAGUCCUGAAGAUGCUUAUUUUAGCAGGACGUUCCAAGCGAGAGUGUGGGCUGGCCGCAUCCUCCGUAGGUUAGGUUGGGGCAGCGAUGCUAGGGAAGGCAACUGUACAGGACCUUAGGUAUGCCUCACACUCCCCAAAAUAUACAUAUAUAUAUACAUAUAUAGAUAUAUAAAGCAUGUAGUUUAGUAUUGCAUAUUUGAAAGGUGCAGUUGCCUGUCUGGAUGGCGGUGUACUACAUUGUGCCAUAGUCUAUUUUGGGGUAAAUUUUCAUGAUGGAGGGAAUAAUUAUUGUGUCCAUGGACCAAGUAAACGCACUUUAUUCUAUACUUAAUAAGAAUAUAGUUUGUUGUGCUAGCAUUAGCCAGUCAGUAAGUCAGUAGCAGAAAAUCAGCUGUGUUUUGAGCUUUUUUUUUUUUUUUUUCUUUUUUCUUUCUUUUUUUUUACUUAAGCUGACCCCCUCCCCAUGAGUCUUCCCGCGUGGGGUUCAUACCGAUACACAUGUCUGUCAGGAGAGCACAGGCUCUGGCCGGUAAGGAGACACAACACACUCCAGCAGAAAAGGGGAGUUUCGUUCCAACUCUUUCUCCCUCAACCUUUUCUUUCCAUCUCGCUCUCGUUCUCAUUCCUUUCCGCGCAUUUCUAAUCUCCGUCUUGGCAGUCUCCCUCCCUCCCCUUCCCCCCCCUCCCCCUGGUAAUUUAGGGUUUUCUGAAAUCUCAAGUGCCAAAGCGAGAACGCCGCCGUAUCAAUUUUGAUCACCAUCCGCGUCUGUCAUUUUUCUGUGUGUAGGAAGGAGCGUCGAGGCUAUACACACGACCCGCUGGCACCCACCCUGCGUCCUCUCGGCUUCCUCUCCUACAACUCCCAUUCCCUUCCGCCCUUGCCCCCCCCCCCCACACACACACCUUCCCCUCACUCCUCCCCUCCGACAGUCAAUAUCCACCGGAGCUAAUAUUUUCCAGGUCGUCAGCAAUGAAACGUUUUUAAUGUUUUUUUUUUUUUUUUUUUUUUUUUGGGGGGGGUGUCAAAAAUGAAAGAGUGGAUGGAAGGGAUAGGGAAGGAGAAAGGGGAGGAGAAACAAGAAGAGAAAGAGAAGGAAAGGAGGAGGAGGGAGAGAGGGAGGGAGUGGGGAGGACAGAACAGAACGGGGAUGAGAGGUGGCCAGUGUCGUUGUACAAAUUAUAAUGUUAGUAAGCUACAGCCAAGGGAGUCAUUUGUGUGCUCCACCACACCACCACAGUCGCUGCGGAGAACCCGUGAGCCAGGCAACUAUGUUUAUAAGUGUGUUUACUUAGAUGUAUACAGGAUUACCACCACGCGAAGCAAUAAGUGUCUAAACCUUCUAUUUUUGUACAUAAGACUGAACAGUAAUGAUAUAAAAAGAAGUCAGUAAUAAAAGUGACAUAUUUUCAAAACCAAUGCCCAGAGUGUAUCUAUUAUUAUAUUAGAACAUCGUGUCAUCCACAUUUGAUUCUAAAAUAGUACACACAGGACCUGUUAUAUGAUACUGGAAAAAAAAAAUAAAAAAAAAAUAUAUAUAUAUAUACAAUGAUCAGAAGAAGGAAGAGGUCUGAGAAUAACCCAAAAUAUUGAACUAUAUAAGGUAAUUUAUUUCGCUUCUAAUGUGACUUUGGUUUUAGAAUAUCUUCCUCUGCUUUUGUGUUUGGCAUUGGACCCUCUCCUGUGGUUUGCUCUUUUGGAUUAUUACAUAGUGUGCCCAAGUUACCUUUGCUAAGGGUGACCUAUUUUCUUGUAUGUACUUGACUGUGUUGUAGUAUAGUGGUAUCUAUAUUGUAUACCGACCAAGGCUGUAGUGUGGUAGAGAGGACUCCUGUGCGGGCGUCACCAUAGCCCACGCCCGCGCGCCCGUGUCACCAGGUGCACGGGCGUGGAUGGUGACGCGAUGCGCAGCGGCUGAGGGACCCAGGCACGCGGCCCGCCUCCUGUGACGUAGCUAUGGCGUCACUUCUUGCUCCCAGCAGCCAGGCCGGCCUUGCAUGUGUAAGCUUCCCUGAGUCCAGUGAACCAGGGAAUCAUAUCUUUUUCUUGCUGUGGUAAUGUACUGAAUGUGCUAGAUUGUCUACCAUUUUUUGGAUUUCUUUGUAAAUGAACCUUAAAGUGAAGCUUUCGCAGAGUUGAAGCUAACUUCCGUUUUGUUUCGACGUUUGCACGUGGAGGCGAGUCAGCGUGCCGCUGCAAUGAGUCCAUGCUGAACCAGCUUGUGCAAUCGUCGACACAAAAUCAAGUUGUACUUACGUGAAAGUUGCGCUUGAGAAACACAUGUGGACAUAAGAAACACAGGACUGUCUUGUGUUACUGCCAAGAGAUACACAGCCGACACUGACAUACACAUACACCUACCAGGAUUAUAUAAACACUAGCCGUACGGUUGAUCUUAUGUAGGGUCAACCUCAAGAAUUGGGGUUGACCUUUGCUCUAGCCCCCUUCCCCCCCUCUCUCGAGUCCACCGUGCUCGUUCCACCACCACCGCCACCCAUCGCCGCCGCCGCCGCCGCCAUCGCCAUCCCCACCGCCCGCUCGCCAUCCUGCUGCACCGUCAGCCACUCCUACCGCCUCCUUUUCAUCCUUGCGCCACACUUACGGGUGGACGCGAUCACAAACACAAGGAAAUGGUGGUUGGCGGGCGGCGGGCCUCGUCCACUCCGCCGCUCCACCGCCCGCCUCCACACCCUCCCUCGCCCAUCACCCAGGACACGACACCCACGCCCUCGCCUCCAUUACACCUCGCUUUGUCUGUGUGUGUACAUGUACGUGGGGGCGUGAAGGCCGUGGGUUGGCUGUGGUGCGUGGAGGGUGGCGGCGCGGGCGGGGGCGACGGCGGGGGCGACGGCGGCGGCGACGGCCACGGCGACGGCGACGGGCGCGGAGCAAGUGGUGGUAGCGGCGUGGUGGCCCUGGUAGUGGGGGCUGGAUGAUGGCUGGCUGGCGUAUGUGACUUAGCAAAGUGGUAAUGUAGGUAUACAGCUGUACUGUAGUCGUGUCUGAGCUGUAGGUUUGGUAUUGUAGCCGACCUAGCAUCAUAGUGCUCGUCCGACGCCGCCUCUGUACAGGACCUUAUAGUCACCUGGCCGCAGCCGCAGCCGCAGCCCACAGGCACCCCGCCCUCCGCCCGCCCGCCCGCCCGCCCAAGUAGUCAGUGUUCACCCUCCUUAACCCAGGCCCGAGACGGUGGCCAGCGCCCCUCCUCCUCGGGGCUCACACGUAACCUGGUAAUGAUGUAGAGUAAACGCGACACAGAUUGUCCCUCAAGGGUCAGCUGGGCUUAACGAGGGUGGACUGCCUUGUUUACUGGACCUUACAUGUGGAAUUCCGCAGAGGAACUCCACCUAGAAAGUUAUUUAUUUUUGUUUGUUUCCAUAAAGAAUAAGUUUUAUUUUAGUUUGGAGGCGGGUUGCUGGCUCGCGGGCAGCUGAGACUUUGUGAGCAUUGCACAGUGUAGUUUGUACAUCUAGUAAUAAAAUGUCUAUGGUAGAGAGUAA